AUGCCGAGCGGAAAUCGAAUUUGUAUGAUAAAAAAUAAUGCCAACAUAAAGCUUUAUGGAUUCUCAGGUCGGGUGGAGCUGGAGGAGUCUGCCAACAGGGACAAUUACGUCGAAUUGAUAAAACUGCUAAGUGCAUAUGACCCCACGCUUGAACAGCAUCUUCAUACAGCAACCGUGUUUUCUGGACUUUCUAAUUGUAUCCAGAACGAUUUGAUUGUUGCUGUCAAGGACGUUAUGUUGAAAGCAAUAAAAGAUGAAGUGAUGAGGAGCCCAUUUGUCGCUAUUUCCCUGGAUGAAAUCUCCGACGUUAAGACCUUAUCGCAGCUAACAACUAUAGUUCGCUAUGUCAACCCAGAUGGUAAAGCUGUGGAGCGCUUUCUUGGAUUUACCGAUGUAAGUGAGGAUAGAACUGCGGCUAGACUGAAACAAGAAAUCGGUAAAACCCUGAACGAGUACGGAUGCGGCGAAAAACUGAUUGCCCAAACGUAUGACGGUGCGAGUGUGAUGUCAGGAGAACUGUCCGGUUUGCAAACACGAGUAAGAGAAGACUAUCCACAUGCUCUUUUUAUCCACUGUUACGGACACGCAUUAAAUUUGGUCCUUGUUCAAGCUGUCUCGUCAACUAAAGAGUGUCGUAUAUUUUUGAAAACCGUCACUGGUCUUUCAUCCUUUUUUCACGCCUCGUCCAAGAGAACAUACCUGUUGGACACAGUUGUCGGCAGACGCAUUCCCACUGGAACAGCUGUUCGAUGGCACUAUCAGAGCAGGUUAAUCUAUGCUGUACUGGAGACAAGAGCAAAGCUGCUCGAAGUUUUCGAAUACAUCAUCGAAAAUGAUGACGAGUUUGACGGUACGACGUUGAACGAAGCGAGGGGCUACCGACAAGUUCUUGCAGAUUUCCAGUGUGUGUUCUGCCUUAAAAUAUUUUCAGAAAUAUUUGGUCUUACGGAUGUUUUGUAUAAUAUCAUUCAGAGUAAGCAGUUCGAUAUUGUCUUUUGUGUCACGAAAGCUCGCGAGACGAAAGAUAAGAUUCAAGAACAACGAAUAAAAUUCGUAGAUUAUUGGAAUUUUACGUGA